AUAUUGAGUUUUAUUGUUUUUCCAAACAACACCUAUAAGCCUUUGAUAAUGAAUAAUACAUUCUGCCAAAGCGAGGUAUUGCUCAUAAAUCUUGGGAUAUGGGGUAAAUUUUUUUUUUGAAAAUUUACAGGUUCAUGUUUGGUUUCACUCAACAAAAUCAUCAAAAACAAAGUUUUGGGUUUUGAAACUAAGAGAUAGGAUUGAACAAGAAUUAUCAAUCUAUCUACUAAGAAUUAUAAUUAGUUAUAAUUAGUAAAACGUUUACUUACCUUAACUACUAUAGUUAAAGGCAGGGCCAAAGUCCGUUUAACUGUAGUGGGAGAGCAUCUUAGUUGUUAUUUAUUCAAAAGGGGAUUUUAAAAUUUUGAAUAAAUUAUUAAACUUGUUUAAUUACUGCUUAUUGAUAGACUAUUAAUUUUACUUUAUUACAUUGUUGUAGAAAUCAUGUCUGGUUCAACUAACAACAACACUCCUGCUUUUAACUUGCGCUGUGUCUUGGAAAAGGACAAAUUGAAUUCAAACAACUUCCUUGAAUGGGAAAUGGCUGUGAGAAUUGUUCUCAGAGCUGAAGGAAGGGAAAGUGUUCUUGACACUCCACUCCCUGAAUCCCUGCCAGAAACUGCAACAGUUGUAGAGAAAAGAGCUAGGCAAAAUCUCGAGGCCAAUUCUGUACAAGUAACAUGUCUGAUGCUUGCUUGCAUGGAACAUGAUUUUCAAAAACGUUUUAACAAUCUUGAUGCCUACACAAUAAUCCAACAACUUAGAACAAUGUUCGAAAAGAAUGCUCGAUUAGAGAGAUUUGAAGCUAAUUGUAAACUUUUGGAAUGCAAACUGGGCAAGGGAAAACCCGUCGGACCCCAUGUGUUCGCCUUAAUAGGGCAUUUUCAAGUCAUGGAAAAGUUGGGUUUUCCUUAUCCCAAAGAGCUGGCCACUGAUAUUGUGAUCAGAUCCUUGCCAGAAACUUUUGAUGCUUUCAGAUUAAAUUUUUACAUACAAGGAGGGGAAGCAACCUUGCCAGAAUUGCAUGGUAUGCUUAUUCAGGCUGAAAGGAGCUUACCUUCUGAACCCGCACUGAAAGAUGUGCUCAUGGUCAGAAAGAAUAAAAAGUUCAAGAAGAAAGGGGUUCCUAAAUGGAAUAGCAAUGGUAAGGUAGUUACCACUAAUGCCUCUCCCAGACCAAAGGCUACUCCAAAGGCUAAAGUAGCAGCACUACAUGAGUGCUACCACUGCCACAAGAUUGGCCAUUGGAAGAGGAACUGCCCCGUCUAUCUAGAAGAAAAGAAGUCUGGUGCUUCAUCUUCAGGGUCUAAAAAGAAGUAGAAGCUUGAGCAAAGGUGAGGUGGAUCUCCGAGUCGGAAAUGGAGCAAGAGUUGCUGCUUUAGCUGUUGGAGUUUAUAUUUUAACAUUACCCUCU